AUGGCAUUCGUAACUAGAACUCGAAUAACCGCGGUUCUUCUCUUGUGCUUAGUGAUUUGCGACGGUUGCGAAGGUGGACGUCCGUUCGAUGAGGGCAAUGAGGGCGGUGCUUCUAAAAAAUCAAAUAAAAGUAAAUAUAAAAGUAAAGAUGUUGGUGCUGAUAAGGUAGAUGAUGCUUCGGAUAAAAGUAAAGAUGUUGGCGAUGAUAAGGUAGACGACGUUUCAACUAAAAGUAAAGAUGUUGAUGUUGAUAAAGUAGACGAUGCUUCGAAUAAAACUAAAGAUGUUGAUGCCGGUAAAGUAGGGGAUGGUUUAGAUAAAACUAAAGAUGUUGGUGUUGGUAAAGUAGGGUCCGAUGUCAAAAGUUUUAAUGUGUUAGACUACGGUGCAAAAGCCGACGGAAAGACGGAUAGUUCGAUUAAUUUCAUUAGGACCUUCAAAGCUGCAUGCAAUUUCCGUGGGGAUGCAAUGAUGGUGAUCCCUAAAGGGAACUUCUUAAUAGGACCGGUCCUAUUUUCCGGCCCCUGCUUCAAUCCAUCUCCUCUAAUUGUUCAAGCCGAAGGGAUGGUGAAGGCGCAAUCCGACAUUUCGUAUUUCACCGGCGGAGCCGACAAUACAGAUUGGAUCACAUUUCAGUCCUUGAAGAACGGAGUGAUUCUAACAGGUGAUGGUACGUUCCACGGACAAGGAGCUUUGACGUGGAAAUACAACGACUGUGCCCAUAAGUCGAAAUGCGUCCGACUGCCCUCCAAUAUGAAGUUCGUCAGGGUGAAUGAUACGAUCAUCCGCGGGAUAAAGUCUGUCGAUGCGAAAGGGUUCCAUAUUUUUGUCACCGUUAGCUCAAACGUUAAGAUUUACAACGUUAACGUGCAAGCCCCCGGAAAUAGUCCCAACACUGACGGCAUCCACAUUAGCAAAUCCAACAAGAUAGAAAUAUCUGAAAGUGUCAUCGCCACUGGCGACGACUGCGUCUCGAUAAUCCACGGAACCAGCGAAAUCAGCAUCAAGAAUGUAACGUGCGGACCUGGACAUGGCUUCAGCAUCGGUAGUCUAGGCCAUUACGACGACGAGGCCGACGUUAGCCAGAUCUCCGUGACGAACAGCACUCUAAAGGGAACAACGAACGGAGCUCGAAUCAAAACGUAUAAAACUGAUUCGCCGAGUAAAGCAUCGAAUAUCUUUUUCAAGGACCUGAUCCUGGAAAACGUAGCAAACCCGAUUAUCAUAGACCAAGAAUACGGAAACAGGGCCAUUGCUCAGGCAUCGAGAGUGAGCAUUAGCGACGUUCUCUUCGAAAACAUCAGGGGAACUUCGGUGAGCAAAAUUGCAGUGCAAUUGCUUUGCAGUAAAGUAAAUCCUUGCAGUGGCGUUGAGAUAAAGAAUGUGAAGUUGGAGUACUCUGGCCGGCCAAAUGAUCCCCGGCCAUUCAGUUCUAACUGCACCAACGCCAAAGUCAUCUACGCCGGGACUCAAAGCCCUCCGCCGUGCAGUUAGUGGUGGCGCGUGGCAUUC